AUGGCUUUUUUCGCUGUUCAAUUUAUCUAUCGAUAUUUUGUAGUUUCGGGGUGAGUUAACGUGGAUAUUGACUCAUACGAAAACUUAUUUACUAGAUCAAUUUAUCUCAAAACUUUCAAUGAUUGGCGACUUGUAUUAUGGAUGACUGUUCCUUUGACAGGCGGUGUUAUUUGGGGAUUCUUGACUUAUUUUUGUCUUUAUCCUGAUGAAAACAUUGACAAUGCUAUAAAAACAUUCUUGCUGGAAAAUUUCGAUUGGAAAGUUGAGGAUGUUUCCUAUGUUGGAUCCUACUUAUACAGAAUGAACUAUGGUAUUGAUUUAAGAAAUCUUAUUGGAAUGACUGCAAUGUUAACAAUAAUGAUGUUAUCAAUAUUAACAAUCAUUAUUUUUGCAACCAAAUGUUUUCUAGAAAUCAAAAACUAUGUGAAAACUGCACAAAAAUUCUCAAAAAAAUUGAACAGCCUACAAAAUCAACUGUUUUACGCUCUCGUUACUCAAACUUUAAUUCCCAUCAUUCUUAUGCAUCUUCCAGUCACAAUUCUUCUAAUUUCUACAGUUUUGUCAAUUGAUUUAGGUCAAACCAGUGUUUUAGUUAGCGUAACUAUUGCAUUAUUUCCAGCAUUGGACCCAUUCCCAGUUGUUUUGAUUGUAAAACAUUAUAGAUUUGCAAUGAUGAGUGCAGUUUCAACGCCUGUUGUUAAAUUUAUCCAAAGAAGACUUGAUAACCCAGUUUAA